AUGGAUGUAUUUAUGAAGGGGUUUUCCAUGGCCAAGGAGGGAGUGGUGGCCGCCGCAGAGAAGACCAAAGCAGGCAUGGAGGAGGCAGCAGCCAAGACCAAGGAAGGGGUGAUGUAUGUAGGCAAUAAGACAAAGGAGGGAGUUGUGUCAUCAGUAAACACAGUGGCCAACAGGACCGUGGACCAGACCAACAUCGUGGGAGAGGGAGGGGUUGCCGGGACCAACGAGGUGUCACAGGCGGGUGGGGAGGGCGUAGAGAACGUCGCCGCAUCAACCGGCUUGAUCAACCAGGAGGAGCCUGUAUACGAGGGAGAAUAUGGAGGCAUGGAGCAGGGUGGCCAAGGAGGAGAGGGGUAUUAG